UGGUAUUAGAACACGUUUAAUAGUUAGACAGAAAUGUGAGGCAAACCUAAACGGACCUUGGUACAAAUAGAAAUAGAAAUAGAAAUAGUAGUACUAAAAUACCACACAUUUGGAUCCACCACACUCGAUCCUAAUCCCAACUCUAUCAUCUCCGACACCCAAAACAACAACCACAUAUCAAACUCGCAAACCCUAAUCGAAUUCCGAUCCGAUCUAUUCUACCCAGUCAAACAUCUAAAUGAGUCGUCCACAGGAUCCACCCAGAUCGUUUUUCCCCUUUGGAAAUCCUUUCCGGAUGAUAUCACCUAAAGGCACUACGUUAUCUCCGCAACUGCUGGCUGUAUUAUCUGCCUUUGAGGCUACUUUGGAAGAGAGGCUGAAAAAGCUUAUUCCCAAAAGCAAGGAUGAAGUCGUCAGCUUGUCUUGGAUGACUUCGGCUAUGCAGGCACUUUGUGAAAGUCACAAUGACAUUAAAACUCUCAUGACAGACCUUGAGCUUCCUGUGACUGAUUGGGAAGAGAAAUGGAUGGAUGUGUACUUGGACAUUAGUGUGAAGUUGCUGGAUAUAUGCAUUGCAUUUAGCUCCGAGUUAUCACGUCUGAACCAGGGCCAUCUUUUACUUCAGUGCACGUUGCACCAUUUAGGCUCCUCCUCAUCAGAUCAGCUUUUCCUGGCAUGUUCUUCACUUGAUGGUUGGAGGCAGCAUGUUAGUUCAAAAAACCCUAGAAUUGAAAAAUGUGGCAGCAUUUUGGAUAAUCUGGUGAGGUCAUCUGAUCUUCCAAAGGUUAAAAAGUCGGCAAAAGGAAAGGUUUUGAUGCAAGCUAUUUAUGGAGUAAAGGUGUUGACAGUUUUUGUGUGCAGUGUGUUUGCUACUGCUUUUUCAGGCUCUACAAAGAACUUGAUUGAUAUGGAUGUGGCUGAUGUGUAUUCUUGGGCUCCAACUUUUAAAGGUCUGCAGAAUCUUGUAAAUGAGGAAACUAGAGUUAGAUUUUCUAGUGGGAGAAUUACUGUAUUGAACGAGUUGGAAGCAGUUGAUUCGUCUGUGAGGGAAUUAUACCCUAUUAUCCAAGGUGUUGUAGAAACUAUUGACACAAAAUCACAUGCGAAGACGGUUGAGAAAUUAGGCAGAGCAACACAGAAUUUCUCCCAAGGACUAGAUCUUCUUGUAAAGGAAGUUGAUGGCUUUUUCCAAGUGGUCUUGUCUGGUCGUGAUGCCUUGCUAUCUAAUCUGAGGUCAGCUGUAACUGUCAAUGGCGACAUCUUGGGGAGUAACGGAGGUGCACAAGCAGUCAAUUGAAUAUGUUGCAGUCUACCUUGGGUAUAUACCGAUGAAUCUAGGACCAACUACAAGGAAAGGAUGGGGAGUUUCAAUUCCUAAUGGAUUUUGUUUUCACCCUCCUUCACACCUUAUUUAUUUUAAGGUUCUUGGUUGAGCUCUUUAAAGUCUUAGUGUGUGUGUGUGUAUAAUUUGAGGUCAACUCUGAUGUAAAUAUUUAGUUAUUGUGAGAAAUGAAAAUAGUGAAUUACUAUUAAAUUCUAACUAGUUAAAAGACGCACGGUCUAUCGACUUUUAUCCAAUAUUUAAAAAUUUGUUAUAUAAUAUUGUUAAAAUACAAGUGAGACUAUUGUGUUAUUUCUUGUUAAA